AUGAGGCCUCAUAAAAGUCUGAAUGAGCUAAUCUUGAAAAAUUGUUAAUUAAAUGACAUUGAAGGAAUAGAAGAGUUGAACCUGUUAUAAUCACUUAAUCUUAGUCUUAACAAUUUUUCCUUUACUGAACCGAUAUAAUUACUAUGGCUACUAAAGAAAAUCAAAAAUUUAGAUAUAUCUGGAAAUCCUUUAUUUAUCAAGCCUGAACUAAUAUUUCCAGAAAAUAUCAUUGUCGAUCUUUAAGAUCAAAAGAUUGAGAUAAUUAAUAUAUCCUCUACUUAGUUGGAAGAUGAAUAACUUGAGAAAUUACUGGCAAUAUAUAUUUCAAAUGUAGAUUCGAUAAAGCAAUUAAAUUUGUCUAAAAAUUAACUGACGGAUGCAUCAAUGCCUUAUCUAAAGGAAUAUCUUAUCUCUAAUGAUGAAAAUCUAGAAAAUGAAGGUAAACAUCUAAAGUUAGAUAUAAGCUACAAUCAGUUGAAAGAUAACUACGAAUAUUUGAUAUUCAAUCCGAAAAUUAAAGAUUUGAAAUUAGGGGGUAAUGAAAUAGUUUUUUCUCACAAAACCAUUGACAUUGCCAGCACGUCAACUUUAACUCAUCUUGAUAUUUCAAAUUAAAGCUUGAAAGCGUAAAGCAUUUAGGAUUUUAUUAGGCUAGCUAAUUAUCAAAGCUUGACUCAUUUAAAUUUCUAAAAUCUUGGUCUGACUUAAGUGUCUACCAACCAUUUGCUUAAGCAGAUACUGAUCAACAAUCUUCGGAUAGAAUACAUAAAUUUUUCUUAUAAUAACGUUGGAUGGAAAGGCUGCAAAGUACUUAACCUCAUAAUUCAAAGAAUAAAAAAGCUUCGCAUUUUACUUUUGGAUUACGCCAAUAUACAAUGUGUUGGUUUGACCUACUUAUGGCUGGCUCUUAAUGACCCUAAUUAGGAAGAUCUAGUACUAGAACAUUUAUCAGUACGUUAAAACAACAUAAAUGUUCAAUGGGCUGUAUGA